GUCAGAGAUCAAUGACGAAUCCCUACGUAGGGCGCCAAAUUUCUCUCACAGCGUCGGAAACAUGGCGGACAAAGACGCAGAAAUUGGAUUCAAAAAGGAGACUGUAAGCAAACUAUUGUCAAGUUCCUUCAAGGAGGACAAAACCAGAUUAAGUGGUGAUGCUGCGCUGCUCAUGGCAGAAUUGCUAAAAGUAUUUGUCCAAGAGGCUGCUGUGAGAUCACAGAAACAAGCUGAGUCUGAGGACUGCGACCAAGUAGACAUCGAGCACUUUGAAAAGAUCCUGCCUCAGCUGCUGCUGGACUUCUAGCACAGUGAUGCCACAAGAUGGAGCCAGAGUGUUGCCUGCGCGUUCCUGCUUUAAUCCUAUCCUUAAAACUUCUUUUCCAACAUGUUUAUUUUUUCUGUAUAACAGCAAUUUCAUAAUCACAAAAGUUUGAGAUUACAUUAAGAUUCUCAUUCUGUAUUUUUUUGAGUUGUGUGAUUUAAAGUAGAAAGCAGCGAUGCUGUCCACACGCCUCCAUGCCAUCACCAAUAAGGCCCACCUGUUUUCCUCCGUGCAACAACAGGUGCUUCCAGCAUGCUCCAUAGUGCCCUUCAUCAAAGCCUCCUGGAGCAGUUGGAAGCAAUUAGAGUAAUAAGGGGAGCAGCCAGUCCCUUAGAUGAUGACAAGUGCCAGGAAAAAAGGAGUAACCCCUCUGGCCACUUUGAAGUUCCCUCUUGCUGUCCUGCGAUGUUUAGUUAGAGGUGGGGGGAGGGGCAAAGGGGACCUCUGGCACAGGGGGAAAGUUGAAUGGGAGUGUGCGUGCACGAAUGUGUGCAUGUGUUAGCCAAACAAGGCCAGAGACCACACGCAUAGAUAUUCUGUUUGAAAGGGAC